UAGUGGCUGACGACCACAACCCACAGAAAACGGGCCCGGAGGGCUCCGGUAGGGUUAGAGUCGUCUGUGGUAUUCGCCCAAACUUGAAAUCGCCCAAACCCCUCCCGAUGCCGCGUCCAAAGCGCCCGCCGCCCGGCUUUGCCUCGGAGCCCAGGUACCCGCGGCCGCGGCCGCGGACGGCGGCGGCGGCGUCGGCUCCAGCUUCCGCUCCCGCUUCGGCUCCGUCUCCUGGGGGCGGCGCGGCAGGAGGCGGCGCCGGCAGCUGCUACGAUCUCAGCCGCGCGUUCGGACGCUGCCGUGCGCUCCUGGACGACCUACUGCGGCACGACGACGGGUGGGUUUUCGACGCCCCUGUAGACGCGCGCGCCCUCGGCCUCCGCGACUACUACACCGUCGUCGCCGACCCCAUGGAUCUCGGCACCGUGCUCCGCCGCCUUGAGCGCCGCCGCUACGUCUACCCAACCGCGUUCGCGGACGACGUCCGCCUCACGUUCCGGAACGCCAUGUCAUAUAACGACGAGGGCGACCCCGUUUACGAGAGCGCCGCCGAACUCUCCGGGAUAUUCGAGGCCAGGUGGGCUUCCAUCGAAGCGGAGCUCCCGCACCCGCUCCCGCCGGACGACAAGCUGCCGCGGUUGCCGGUGGCCCGGGUCCCCGAGAAGCGGGAUGUGCGCCUGCGGAAGAAAAAGGGCAAGAUGGCGGGCAAGGCGGAUGCCGCGGCGCUGGAUGAGCUUGACCUGCUGGUCCCAGACCCAGAGCAUGGCGCCGACUCCCCGAUGCAGGAUCCAUGAAUGAUGCCAAACUGGAGAGCCUUGCAUCAAAAGUUGACUCAAGUUUUUAUCUGGAUAGGCUCCUGUGUACUAGCAGCUUUCUGUUCCAAGCCUUGUCAAGGUACCUUGAUGUAGUGACUAGUUAUCAUAUAUUACCUGUAUUGGGGUUAAAAUCUGCCAUUUCGGUGGUUAACCCUUCCUGGUUAAAACAAUUUUUUUUGGUAUUGAUGGAGGUGCCUUGCUAGUUGUUAUAUGUUGAAAAUCAAGGGUAAUUUGGCCCUGAAAUACUUCUGGAAUCAGAGGGAAGAAUGAGAAGGUUUCCCUAACUAUUCCAUGGCAUCUGUAAUGUAGAUAAACAAUUUUCUCAUUUAUUAUGAGGUGUUUUUACUUUGUCAA